CACACAGGUACAUGUCAACGUGAUUUCGUGGUUUCUACGAAUUUCAUAAUAAUUUCAGAAAUUGCAGGUCAUGGUUGCCUUCUGUCCGUUCUGUGGUAAUUUAUUAUUCGCACAAGAGUCUUGUGGAAAAAUAAGCUUUUCUUGUAGAAUUUGCCCCGUGUCAUUUCCCGUGAAGCGGAAAAUUUCCAACCGAACGUACUACCAAGUGAAGUCCGUCGACGAUGUCCUAGGCGGUGAAGAUGCUUGGAAACAUUGCGACGUAACGGCCGAAACGUGCCCCAAAUGUAGCUACCCUCGGGCAUACUUCCUUCAAGUUCAGACCCGAUCCGCUGACGAACCCAUGACUAAUUUUUACCGCUGCUGCAACCCUGAGUGUGCACACAACUGGCGCGAAUAA